AUGUCUGAUAUUUUGAGGGCUCGGCGACCUCAGGAAAAGCUUGGUGUCCCCACCGUGGGUCACGACCCCGGGGUUGGGAAAGGCUGGUCUAGUGUCUAUACUUCACACAAAACUCACAUGCUUACGUUUUCCCACACACAGCGCCCACCUACAUCUUCGUCCAUGAGCAACUUGCUUGAGAUGAUUUGCACGAAGUCGACCUCCCACGGGCUCGCGCACAUCUGGGACAACCGCAGAAGUGCAAUGGGUGUCUUGUGGUUCGUCGUCACGGCCGUCUGCUUGGUCAUCGGCGUGGUCACCUGCGUCUUCCUCGUGUUGCAGUUCAUGAACAGGGAGGCGCAGCAGGAGAUGCGUCUCAAAAAUGCGGACUCACUUCAGAUUCCCUCAGCCGUCAUAUGCAACCGCCGCCUGUUCUCACGGAAGAAACUGGAAAGCCUUGGCGUCGGGGUGUCUGUCUCGAGCCUGAUGGUCGUCAUGGCUUCCCCGCCGUACCUGGGCUGGAGGAGCAACACCACGGCGGAGGGGCGGAGGCGUCUGCAGGAGGCGGAGGCGGAGCUUUCGCAGUUGCUGGAGAAGAAUAAGACGACUUUCACUGAACUCGUUGAAAGGGUUUCGUACAGCUGCGAGGACGUGCUCAUUCAAUGCAUGGUUGCAAUGAAGAGUCUCCCCCGGGAGGAAUGUUGCCAGAGGUUCACCAAGAUGCCUACGAUGUCUGGCUUGUGCUUGGCUUUCUUCACGACACCCAACGACAAGCAGAUCCUCGAGAGCGACUUCAUGGGACUCACUUUCUACGUCAAAGUCCCUGAGGAUGACGAUCCAGAGCUGGACCCGAGAAUCAUCAGUCCGGGUUUCAUGAUACGGUCGGGCCUGUACGUGACGGUGAUGAGCCCGUCCAUGCACCCGGCCGCCCUCGUCACCAGCGAAGGCUCGCACCUCAAGCCGCUCACCAUCGCCUCCAUUCGCGUCACCGCCACAAAGGUCUCUUUUCCUUUUUCAGUUGUUAUUGUUUGGGGUUUUCUCUUCUUAUUCGGAAGGGGAAUAGCUUGA